UCACUUCGAGCCACGCCGCGAUCCGCUCCGCUUCUGGCUGAGGGAACGAACAACUACCUUCAUGUGAAAAUGAACAUAGAUGACACAGAGGGUAAAAGCGUCAGAUCAACGGGAAUCCUGACCGUUUUUAAGAGAGGAUGUAUUAAAUGUGGUCCUGCGGACUCCCAAGCAAAGAAAAUGAGGAUUAAAACUGGAGUUACAUUUAGGAAUCUGAUAUUUUUUAUGAUGGUCACGUGCGUGCGAGGUUUCAUACAUACAUGUGGUGGAACAUUGAAAGGAAGAAAUGGGACCAUUGAAAGUCCUGGUUUUCCAUAUGGAUAUCAGAACGGGGCCAACUGUACGUGGGUUAUUGUAGCAGAGGAGGGCAACCGGAUUCAAAUAGUGUUUCAGUCAUUCGCGGUGGAGGAGGACUAUGACUUUUUAUCACUCUAUGAUGGACACCCACACCCAGCAAACUUCAGGACGAGGUUAACGGGUUUCCAAAUCCCACCUCCCGUCACAAGCACUGGGUCUGUGUUCUCCCUGAGACUCACCAGUGAUUUCGCAGUGAGUGCGCACGGCUUUAAAAUCUAUUAUGAAGAAUUGCAGAGCAGUUCCUGUGGGAACCCCGGCGUUCCUCCCAAAGGCAUCCUGUAUGGGACACGUUUCAACGUAGGCGACAAGAUACGCUACAGCUGCGUAACCGGCUACGUGCUGGACGGCCAUCCCCAGCUCACCUGUGUAACUAAUGCAGGCAAUGCGGCCGUCUGGGACUUCCCAGUACCCAUUUGCAGAGCUGAGGACACAUGUGGUGAUACACUGAGGGGUUCAAGUGGCAUCAUUACGAGUCCCAAUUUCCCGAGUGAAUAUUACAAUAGUGCGGACUGUACGUGGACCAUACUUGCUGAUCCCGGCGACACCAUCUCCAUCAUUUUUACAGACUUCCAGACGGAGGAAAAAUAUGAUUACUUGGAAGUGGAGGGGUCCGAACCGCCGACAAUAUGGCUGUCUGGUAUGAAUGUCCCAUCUCCUAUUGUCAGCAACAAGAACUGGCUGAGGUUACACUUUGUAACCGACAGCAAUCAUCGAUACAAAGGAUUCAGUGCACAUUAUCAAGUGAAAAGGUCUGUAGAUUUCAAAUCUAGAGGAGUAAAAUUAUUCCCUGGCAAAGACAACACCAACAAGUUUUCUAUCUUAAAUGAAGGAGGCAUCAAACAAGCAUCCAACUCCUGUCCAGACCCUGGAGAGCCUGAGAACGGCAAGCGAAUCGGCAACGAUUUUAGUAUUGGUGCCACGGCCGAAUUCACCUGUGAUGAAGAUCAUGUUCUUCAGGGCUCCAAGAGCAUCACCUGUCAGAGAGUUGCUGAGGUGUUUGCAGCAUGGAGUGACCACAGACCUGUCUGCCGAGUGAAAACUUGCGGAUCAAACCUUCAAGGUCCAUCGGGGACUUUCACCUCCCCAAACUUCCCCAUUCAGUACGAGAGCAACUCUCAGUGCGUGUGGAUCAUCACAGCCAGCAACCCGAACAAGGUGAUUCAGAUUAACUUUGAGGAGUUUGACCUGGAAUUGGGCUAUGACACACUAACCAUCGGUGAUGGAGGAGAAGUGGCAGACCCAAAAACCAUCCUGCAAGUUCUGACAGGCAGCUUUGUGCCAGACCUCAUUGUUAGCAUGACCCAUCAAAUGUGGCUGCAUCUCCAGUCAGAUGAAAGUGUGGGAUCUAUAGGCUUCAAGAUCAACUACAAAGAAAUCGACAAGGAGAGCUGUGGGGACCCGGGCACACCUCUGUAUGGAAUAAGAGAAGGAGAUGGCUUCUCUAAUGGUGACAUUCUACGCUUCGAGUGCCAGUUUGGCUUCGAGCUCAUUGGAGAGAAGACAAUAUCCUGCCAGAACAACAACCAGUGGUCUGCCAACAUCCCAAUCUGCAUUUUUCCAUGCCUUUCCAACUUCACCGCCCCCAUGGGCACAGUUCUCUCUCCGGAUUACCCAGAAGGCUACGGGAACAGCCUUAACUGCGUAUGGCUGAUCCUGUCCGAACCCGGCAGCCGUAUCCACUUGGCCUUCAACGAUUUUGACUUGGAGGCUCCGUACGACAUCUUGACUGUGAAGGAUGGCGAGACCCUGGACUCCAACGUCCUCGGCCGUUUCACGGGAGCGGAGGUGCCGUCCCACCUCACGAGCAACAGCAACAUUCUCCGGCUGGAAUUUCAGGCGGAUCAUUCGAUGUCGGGCCGGGGUUUCAACAUCACCUAUGCCACAUUCGGCCAUAAUGAAUGUCCAGAUCCAGGAGUUCCUCUAAACGCCAAACGAUUUGGUGACAGUUUCCAGCUGGGCAGCUCCAUCUCCAUCAUCUGCGAGGAUGGCUUCAUUAAGACACAGGGAGCAGAAACCAUCACCUGUGAGCUGAACAGUGGAAAGGUGAUGUGGAGCGGCCCCAUCCCAAAGUGUGAAGCUCCCUGCGGAGGUCAUUUCUCAGCUCCUAGUGGAGUUAUUUUAUCUCCUGGGUGGCCCGGAUACUACAAAGACUCUCUCAACUGCGAGUGGGUCAUAGAGGCCGAACCGGGGCGCUCCAUUAAAAUCACAUUCGAAAGAUUUCAAACGGAGUUGAAUUGUGAUUUCCUGGAGCUUCACGACGGGUCCAAUCUUCUCUCUCCUCUAAUUGGCUCAUUCAACGGCACCCAGGUGCCUCAGUUUCUAUUCAGCAGCAGUAACCACCUGUACAUGCUCUUCACCACUGACAACAGCCGCUCGAACAGCGGCUUCAAGAUUCUUUAUGAGAGCGUAACCAUAGAUGCCUACUCCUGCCUGGACCCUGGAUUUCCAGUCAACGGACUCCGUUAUGGCCAGGACUUCUCUAUCGGCUCCACCGUGUCCUUCGGCUGCGACUCCGGCUACCGCCUCAGCCACGAAGAGCCGCUGGUGUGCGAGAAGAACCAUUGGUGGAGCCACCCACUGCCCACCUGUGACGCACUCUGCGGUGGUGAUGUUCGAGGACCGGGUGGUACCAUCCUGUCCCCUGGAUACCCUGAGGUCUACCCCAGCUCCCUCAACUGCACCUGGACUGUGGAAGUCAGCCACGGGAAAGGAGUUCAGUUCACAUUCAACACCUUCCACCUGGAGGAUCAUCACGACUAUCUGCUGAUCACUGAGAACGGGAGUUUUAUCCAGCCGCUGGCCCGCCUCACGGGCUCUGAACUGCCCUCACCCAUCAACGCAGGUCUUUAUGGCAACUUCAAGGCCCAGCUCCGGUUUAUAUCAGAUUUCUCCAUCUCGUAUGAAGGAUUCAACAUCACAUUUUCAGAAUACAACCUGGAGCCAUGUGAGGAUCCAGGAGUGCCAGAGUUUGGCCGUCGUAACGGGUACAGCUUCGGGAUCGGUGACACCCUGACCUUCUCCUGUAAUAUGGGUUACCGUCUGGAGGGAACGCCAGAAAUCAUUUGCCUGGGAGGGGGUCGGCGCAUGUGGAGCGCACCUCUGCCAAGGUGUGUUGCUGAAUGCGGCUCUUCGGUCAUCAACAAUGAAGGAAUUCUGCUGUCACCGAAUUACCCCACGAACUAUGAGAACAACCACGAGUGCAUUUACAGCAUACAGGUGCAGGCUGGGAAAGGAAUCAACAUUUCUGCCAGAACCUUCCAUCUCACCCAGGGUGACAUUCUGAAGAUCUAUGAUGGGAAAGACAACGCAGCCCACAUGCUUGGGGCCUUCACUGGUUCAUCUAUGCUGGGUUUGACCCUCAUCAGCACCUCCAAUCACCUGUGGCUGGAAUUCUACUCGGAUGCAGAGGCCACUGGAGAAGGUUUCAAAUUGGUCUAUUCCAGUUUUGAGCUCUCGCACUGUGAGGACCCUGGGGUACCCCAGUUCGGCUUCAAGGUCAAUGACCAGGGCCACUUCUCUGGCAGCACCAUCACCUACAAGUGUGACCCCGGUUAUACACUUCACGGCAGCGGUGUGCUCAAAUGCAUGACAGGAGAGAGACGGGCCUGGGAUAACCCUCUUCCCUCCUGCAUUGCCGAAUGCGGUGGACGUUUUAAAGGGGAGACGUCAGGACGCAUUCUUUCACCGGGUUACCCGUUCCCCUAUGACAACAAUCUGCGCUGCACCUGGGUCAUCGAGGUGGAUUCAGGCAACAUCAUAAGCCUGCAAUUCCUGGCCUUCGACACGGAAGCGUCACAUGACAUCCUGAGGGUCUGGGACGGUCCCCCAGAGAAUGAGAUGUCUCUUAGGGAGGUGAGCGGCUCCCUGCUGCCCGAGAACAUCCACAGCACCCUCAACAUGGUCACCGUUCAGUUCGAGACCGACUUCUACAUCAGCAAGUCUGGAUUCGCCAUUGAGUUCUCAAGUUCAGUGGCGACUGCCUGCAGGGAUCCAGGGGUGCCCAUGAACGGUAGUCGUAAUGGAGACGGCAGGGAACCCGGUGACACCGUGACCUUUCAGUGUGAUCCUGGAUAUGAACUACAGGGAGACGUAAAGAUCACAUGCAUACAAGUGGAAAAUCGCUACUACUGGCAGCCAAACCCACCUAUUUGUAUAGCUCCGUGUGGAGGCAAUCUCACCGAUUCCUCUGGGUUUAUUCUGUCGCCCAACUUUCCUCAUCCAUACCCGCACAGCAAAGACUGCGACUGGCUCAUCGCCGUCAACUCAGACUAUGUCCUGUCUCUUGCAUUCAUCAGCUUCAGCAUUGAGCCCAACUACGACUAUUUAUAUAUCUACGAUGGCCCAGACAGCAACAGUCCAUUGAUAGGCAGCUUUCAGGACAGUAAGCUUCCGGAACGGAUCGAGAGCAGUUCCAACACCAUGUACCUGGCCUUUCGCAGCGAUGGAUCUGUCAGCUAUACCGGUUUCCACCUGGAGUACAAAGCCAAGCUCAGGGAGUCAUGCUUCGAUCCCGGUAAUGUGAUGAAUGGCACUCGGCUGGGCAGUGACUACAAGCUGGGCUCCACCGUGACCUUCUACUGUGAAGCAGGCUAUGUCCUCCAGGGCUAUUCCACGCUUACCUGCAUCAUGGGAGAUGAUGGUAGACCCGGCUGGAAUAGGGGGCUACCCAGCUGUCAAGCACCGUGUGGAAGUCGCUCGACUGGAACAGAUGGGACCGUUCUGUCACCCAACUUCCCCAGGAACUACACGACAGGACAGAGCUGUGUGUAUGCCAUCUCUGUGCCCAGGGAGUUCGUUUUGUUUGGACAGUUUGUCCUGUUCCAGACGUCACUGAAUGAUGUGGUGGACAUUUACGAUGGACCGACGCAGCAGGCCGCAUUGCUAUCAUCUCUCUCCGGCUCUCACUCAGGAGAGUCGUUGCCCUUGAGUACUGGAAAUCAAAUAACUAUCAAGUUUACUACAGUUGGACCAGAAACUGCCAAAGGCUUUCACUUUGUGUACCAAGCUGUGCCAAGGACCAGUGCCACGCAGUGCAACUCUGUUCCAGAACCUCGCUUUGGCAGACGCAUUGGAAACAAUUUCGCCGUUGGUGCAUCGGUGAUGUUCGAGUGCAACCCGGGCUACACGCUACACGGCUCUGCUGCCAUUCACUGUGAAACCGUACCUGACGCUCUGGCUCAGUGGAACGAUACUUUGCCCACUUGCAUCGUGCCUUGCGGAGGGGUGUUGACGAUGCGUAAGGGGACUAUUUUGUCCCCCGGUUACCCGGAACCCUAUGACAACAACCUCAACUGUGUGUGGAAGGUGUCGGUCCCCGAGGGAGCUGGGAUCCAAAUACAAGUUGUGAGUUUCGCCACAGAACACAACUGGGACUCCCUGGACUUCUAUGACGGCGCAGACAACAAUGCACCCAGACUGGGCAGUUAUUCAGGGACCACCAUUCCUCAGCUGCUGAACAGCACAUCCAACAACCUCUACCUGAACUUCGUGUCAGACAUCAGUGUGUCCGCUGCAGGCUUUCAUCUGGAAUGCACAGCUAUUGGCCUGGAUACAUGUCCAGAGCCUCAAACGCCCACUUACGGAAUUAAAGUGGGGGAUCGAUACAUGGUCGGAGAUGUUGUCAUGUUCCAGUGUGAGCAAGGAUAUUCCUUACAGGGAAAUGCUCAUAUCACUUGCAUGCCUGGACCGGUGAGAAGGUGGAACUACCCUGUGCCGCUUUGCCUUGCCCAGUGUGGUGGGGCCAUGAAGGAUGUUAGCGGAGUGAUUCUGAGCCCUGGUUUCCCUGGCAACUACCCCAGUGGUCUGGACUGCACCUGGACAGUGACUCUUCCUACUGGCUUUGGAAUCCACGUGCAGUUCCUGAACUUCUCCACCGAGGCGAUCCACGACUACCUGGAGGUCCGGAGCGGGCCACCUGAGACUGGUACGGUGAUUGACAGGUUCAGUGGGCCGCAGGUUCCCGAGUCGCUGUUCAGCACCACGCAUGAAACCAGCUUCUUCUUCCACAGUGAUUAUUCGCAGAAUAAACCUGGAUUUCACAUUACAUACCAAGCCUAUCAGCUUCAGAGCUGUCCUGACCCCCGACCUUUCAGGAAUGGGAUUGUGAUAGGCAGCGACUUUAGCGUGGGCAUGACAGUGUCUUUCGAGUGUCUACCUGGUUAUUCGCUCAUCGGAGAGACCUCUCUGACCUGCCUCCACGGCAUCAGUCGGAACUGGAACAAUCCUAUACCACGCUGCGAAGCUCUGUGUGGUGGAAACAUCACUUCCAUGAACGGCACCAUCUUUUCCCCUGGUCACCCAGCUGAGUACCCCAACUUCCAGGAUUGUGUGUGGAGCGUGAGGGUGCCCCCUGGAAACGGCAUCUACAUCAACUUCACUGUCCUCAGCACAGAACCCAUCUAUGACUACAUCACUGUGUGGGAUGGUCCAGAUCAGAGUUCCCCACAGAUCGGUCAGUUCAGUGGUAACACAGCUUUGGAGUCCGUCUACAGCACGUCUAAUCAGAUCCUCAUCAAGUUUCACAGCGACUUCAGUGGGAGUGGCUUCUUUGUGCUUAGUUACCACGCCUACCAGCUACGAGUGUGCCAGCCUCCACCAGAGGUGCCAAACGCAGAUAUCCUGAUGGAGGACAAUGAGUUAGAGAUAGGUGAUAUUAUCCGGUAUCGAUGUCACCCUGGAUUUACCCUGGUGGGCAGUGAGAUUAUAACAUGCCGGUUGGGAGAGAGAUUGCAGAUGGACGGACAUCCACCUUCCUGUCAAGUGCAAUGCCCUGCUCAUGAUAUUCGAUUCGAUUCAUCUGGGGUGGUUCUGAGCCCGGGGUACCCAGACAGUUACCCCAACCUACAGAUGUGUUCAUGGAGCAUCAACGUGGAGAAGGGUUACAACAUCACCAUGUAUUUUGAGUUUUACCAGACUGAGAAGGAAUACGACAUUCUAGAAGUCUUUGAUGGGCCCACAAUUCACAGUCAGACACUGGCUACCCUGAGCGGUGACCUCCCCACGCCAUUCAACCUCACCACCACCGGCCAUCAGCUUCUCCUGCGCUGGUCAGCCGACCAUGGCACCAAUAAGAGGGGGUUCCGUAUCCGCUAUGUCGGUGAGUAUCAAACUUUGUACUGCAGCACUCCGGAUUCUCCUCUUCAUGGAUCCAUAAGCAGCCAGACUGGAGGACACUUAAACAGCCUGGUGCGCUGGGCAUGUGACCGCGGGUACCGGCUUAUUGGGAAAAGCACUGCUGUUUGCAAGAAAACCCCCUUUGGCUUCUACGCCUGGGAUGCCCCUGUUCCUGCUUGCCAAGCUGUCUCCUGUGGGGUGCCCAAAGCUCCUGUGAACGGAGGUGUGCUUGCCAUGGAUUACUCGGUGGGUACACGCGUGACCUACUUCUGCAACGAUGGAUACCGACUGUCAUCCAAAGAGUUGACCAGCGCUGUGUGCCAACCUGACGGCACCUGGAGCAACCACAACAAGGUCCCUCGCUGCUCAGUUGUGGUUUGCCCAAGUAUCGGGUCUUUCUCUCUGGAGCACGGACGAUGGCGGAUCGUUAACGGAUCUCAUUACGAGUACAGGACCAAAAUCAUCUUCACCUGCGAUCCUGGCUAUUACCGCCUCGGGCCCGCCCACAUUCAGUGCAUGGCCAAUGGCGCGUGGAGCUGGAAAAACGAGAGGCCCCACUGCCAAAUCAUUUCAUGCGGGGAUCUGGCCACGCCUCCCAAUGGGAAGAAAAUUGGAAGUCAGACCACCUUUGGGGCUACAGCCAUAUUUACAUGUGACAAUGGCUGUAUGCUGGUGGGUUCCACUGUGAGAGAAUGUCUGUCUUCCGGUCUGUGGAGUGGAACGGAGACACGCUGCUUAGCCGGCCACUGCGGUGUGCCCGAGCAGAUCGUCAAUGGUCAGGUGAUCGGGGAGAACUUCGGCUACAGGGACACAGUGGUGUACCAGUGCGUCUCCGGCUUCCGCCUCAUCGGUUCCUCCGUGCGCAUCUGCCAGCAAGACCACAACUGGUCCGGACAGCUGCCCAUCUGCGUCCCCAUCAGUUGCGGGCACCCCGGAAGCCCCAUCUACGGCCGUACAAUAGGCAAUGGCUUCAACCUGAAUGAUGUGGUGAGCUUCUCGUGCAACAUGGGCUACGUGAUGGAGGGCCCCUCCCGGGCUCAGUGUCAGGCCAACCGGCAGUGGAGCCAGCCACCACCAACAUGUAAAGUCGUCAAUUGCUCUGAUCCCGGGAUUCCUGCCAACUCCAUCAGGCAGAGUAAAAUAGAGCAUGGUAACUUCACCUUUGGCACGGUGGUAUUCUAUGACUGCAACCCUGGGUAUUACUUGUUUGGCUCUCCUGUCCUGACCUGCCAACCCACGGGUCAAUGGGACAAGCCUCUGCCAGAGUGUAUCGUGGUGAACUGCGGACAUCCUGGAUCUCCUCCCAACGGGGUGCUAAGCGGAGACAAAUUCACCUUUGGCGCCACGGUGCGAUACAGCUGCACGGGUGGCCGGCAACUGAAGGGCGAGUCCUCCCGCACCUGCCAGCUCAAUGGCCAUUGGAGUGCGCCCAUGCCCUUUUGCUCAGGUGACUCAUCUGGGACAUGUGGUGACCCAGGCACACCAUCCCACGGCAGCAGAGACGAGAGUGAUUUUCGUAUACGCAGUAAAGUGCAUUUCAGGUGCUCAGUAGGCUACGAGCUCUUCGGCUCGGCAGAAAGAAUGUGCUUCCCCAACGGCACCUGGUCUGGCACUCAACCCUCCUGCAAACCUGUACAGUGUGGGAACCCCGGGACCCCCAGCAACGGACGGCUAUACCGACUGGACGGCACCACCUUCUCACACUCAGUCAUUUCCUCCUGCAUGGACGGCUACCUGCUGAGCGGCUCCACCACACGACAGUGCCAAGCCAAUGGCACCUGGUCUGGCACGAUGCCCAACUGCACCUUGAUCAACUGCGGCGACCCCGGAGUGCCAGCCAAUGGCCUGAGAUAUAAUGAAGACUUUACUAUUGGACAAAACAUCACCUACGUGUGUCAGCCUGGCUACACCAUGGAAACUGACAGUUUGCCCACCAUUACUUGUACCGGUAACGGUACCUGGAAUGCUCCUGUGCCUUUCUGUAAAGCCGUCACAUGUCCGGCUCCUCUGCCCAUCUCAAACGGCCUGCUGGAGGGUCGUGACUUUGAGUGGGGCACCAGCGUGAGUUACAGCUGCUCCCCGGGCUACGAGCUCUCCUUCCCCGCCAUUCUCACCUGUGUGGGCAACGGUACAUGGAGUGGUGAGGUGCCCCAGUGCUUGCCCAAGUUCUGCGGGGAUCCUGGAAUCCCUGCCUUCGGCUCCAGGGAAGGCCGCAGUUUCAUCUACCAGUCAGAGGUUUCAUUUAGCUGCAUGGCCCCCUACAUCCCUGUGGGCAGCACUACGCGCAUUUGCCAGGCGGUUGGCACCUGGAGUGGAUCCCAGCCUCGCUGUAUAGAGCCAACUCGCACAACAUGUGAGAAUCCUGGGACGCCGCGUUAUGGCUCUUUAAACAGGACCUUCGGCUUUAAGGUUGGAAGCAUGGUGGCUUUCCAGUGUCAGCCUGGUCACCUGUUGCAGGGCUCCACUACCCGUCUCUGCCAGGCUGACCUCACCUGGAGCGGGAACCAGCCAGAGUGUAUCCCCCACAACUGUAAGCAGCCAGAGAGCCCCCCUCAUGUCGAUGUUGUGGGGAUGGAUCUGCCCUCCUAUGGUUACACUCUCAUCUACACCUGCCAAGCUGGUUUCUUUUUGUCUGGCGGCUCUGAGCAUCGGGUCUGCCGGUCCGAUGGAACCUGGACUGGGAAGAUGCCUGUGUGUCGAGCGGGCUCUAAACUAUCCGAAAAGCCUAUUAAACCAGUCCAAGGGACACCGAGUCCAAAGCUAAAUGUUCCCGAUGAUGUUUUUGCCCCUAACUACAUCUGGAAAGGCUCCUACAACUACAAGGGAAGAAAGCAACCGAUGACUUUGAGCAUCACAAGCUUUAACACAACCACGGGUAGAGUUAACGUCACAUUAACAAGCAGCAACAUGGAACUACUGCUUUCAGGUGUCUAUAAGAGCCAGGAAGCCCGUCUGAUGCUGCUAGUGUACCAUGUGAAAGCAUCCUCUCUCACCACACUCAGCCAGAUCAAAGAGGAGUCCUGGACUCUGGAUGGAUUUGUAUCUGUAGAACCAGAUGGGUCCUCAUAUGUCUUUCAAGGCUUUAUACAGGGUAAAGACUACGGCCAGUUUGGUCUGCAAAGGCUAGGUUUAAAUAUGUCGGAAAGUAAUAAUUCGUCUAAUCCACCACAUGGUACAAACAGUAGCUCUGUGGCCAUAGCAAUCCUUGUGCCUUUUUUCGCCCUGAUAUUUGCAGGCUUUGGAUUUUAUCUCUACAAGCAGCGGACUACUCCAAAAACCCAGUACACAGGCUGUUCGGUUCACGAGAACAACAACGGGCAGGCUGCCUUUGAGAACCCCAUGUACAACACCAACGCAAAGUCGGUGGAAGGCAAAGCUGUCCGAUUUGACCCAAAUUUAAACACAGUCUGCACAAUGGUAUAAUUAGAUCCGCCUGAUGCGAAAGACAUCUGUGGAUUUUUCUUUACGGAUAAAGGGGUUUUUGCUUUGUUUUUUAAACCGAGGUGUAUACAAUCGCAGUCACGGAUGAAUUUAUCUGAGAACUACAGAGGAUGUCUUGCACAAACGCUGUUGCCCCUCCUCUGUUAUUUAAAGCACACUCUUCAGGAACCGUUUGACCACGUGCAUCUGCAGAGGACAUAUGGAUACGAAACGCAUUGUCGUGGGGGAUUUUUUUGAAAACUCACUCCUAAAACAGUUCUUCAUGACGGAGAGCAUGAAGAGAUUCUUCUGUUACCUUAUUCACACUCCGUGAGUGCUUCUUCACAGUUGACUGGGUAUUUUUUUAGGGUCAAGGGAUCUGUAAAUCUACUUGCAUAUAUAUGAGGAGCAUUCACCACCUAUAUUUUUGUGCUAUAUAUUACCACGUGGGAGAGGCCAAGACUGAACAAUUCUAUCAAGAGUUUAUAAGGAAUUUAAAAGAUUUGCUCUUCACAUCGACCAACACAAAUGAUUUCUCAGACAAUUUUGUACGGUUAACGUUUUAUUUACAGUUCAUUCACAGCCAAUCCUGUUAACUUAAAUUCAAAACGUCACCGAUCAUCUCUGUGAUUGGACUUUGAGGCAUUCAUGAUGUGUGAUGUGUAUCCUUAACGUGAGAGAGAAAAUGUGACACAAAUAUUUGAAUCGAUGUGUGGAUUAACAGUUUGUUGUGACCUCCUUUGGAUUUUUUAAAAUAAUUCCUAUAGUACUUUGAUGUAAAAGUAUGUAUGACUCUCUGUUGAUAAAUUCCCAUCUUCAAUAUGGGCCGCAGGACAUAUGUCAGCAUUUUAACCUGAAGGCUGCAGAUGAUUUUUUUAAUGAAGGUGUUUAUUUUCUUUUAUUUAAGAGGUGUUUUUGUGAGGAAGGGUCAUUGAGCAGCAUCUAUAGUCAACAUCGUACAAAUUUGAUGUGAAAAUUCGUUCAUUAUAGCAUUCUUAUUACUACUAUUAUUAUAUAAGAUUUGUAUAAAAUUAAAUGCACUUAACAUUUAUACCGUAUACUUUUGUAUAAUCCUCAGAUUACAUAACAUCAAAUGCAUGUUUCUUAAAUACAGUAUAUUGGUAUAUGGUGGCAACAAAUUAUGAUCAUAUCUAUCGUGUAUAUACAGGCCACGAAACACUUUUCCAAUUAUGUCUGACCUUACUGAUGUUGUCUCAUGUAACACAAAAUGUACACUAAACACCACUACAUUAAUUAUUAAAAGCCAUUGAUAAUGUUUCCGACCAUUAAUAAUGUGUCCAAAUGUUCUGCCCAACAUGUUCUGGUUCUGAUAAACCCAAGACUAAAGUAGAUUUGGUAAAUGAUCAAUGACAAACAUGUACUUCUUACGCAGAACAUUUUAUUGAAGGCCUAAUAAAGUACAAACGAUGUGUUAUGCAAAGUAAGAGACGCAUAAAAAUUGCAAUUACAUAGUUUUUGACAUGACAGUAUUCGGGUCAGACAGUGUUGGUUAUGUGCUUCCAGGUCUCCAAACUGUGAGAUUCAUUCCAGUGCCUUCUAAAGUAUUCACCACAACAUUUUACAGAUCAUAUGAACAGAUAUUUAUGUGUUUACAUGUCAUAGAAUGCAUAUUACAGCGCAGGUAUGUUCUUGUGUAGGAGUGAACGCUGCAGACUUCAGGAGGUUAUGCUGACAUAACGGUCCAGAGUUCCAAAAUCUACCAACCUGUGAUGUUUUCCGUGUUAAUUUUGCUCUCAACAUCAGCCAUAGGGAUUUGCAUUCUUGCAUGCAUUUUAAUUUAGUUCUAUCGUUUUUUUUUUUUAACAUGUCAGAUUUUUACACAGUGCCUACCAAAAACCAUAUGACCCAGGACUGCUGCUUUCUCACUUCUACUCAUUCUUCACCUCUGCCAUAGGUUUCCUAUUUUUUUUCUUUUUAUAUUUCUUCCACCAUCAAAUGGUGGUACAACGUUUUAAGUCCCUUCACCAGUCUGAACUUAUUUACCAACAUCAGCUUUUUUCUAUAACUGACUGCAAUAAAAUAAAAACAUUUAUGAUAAAAAAAAUUGAUCAAGCAUAUGACUAUUUGCAGUACAGCUGGGUACUCCUCCCAUAUUAAUGCAUUCAAAAGAUAUAUAAACAGAGGGUAAAAAGCAUAAAAAAAGUUUUG